AUGAUCAUCUCUCUCACCACCACGGUGAGGGCUGCCAGCGGAAGAUGGCAAUAUGUGAUCAACAACAUCGGCAUUGCAGUGAUGCAUAUGUGGUUGUAUAUGUAUGACAGGACCGAUUUUGGUCCGUCAAAUCUAACACUGCCCAACGGUGAGUGCAUUGAGGACCCAAAGGCUCUUGUGAUGAAGAAGGACUGUUCUGCGCAUUCCGCAGUCUACAACAUCACCAAUAACACCAUCCGUCCCCUGACGGUAAAAUUUGAUUUCUGGUGCUCUUCUGGCGCUAUGAACGGCGACGUCGUCCUGGUUCAGACGAGCUGCAACUUCUUUGGCGGCCGGGUGAUGAGAAAGCUUUAUGCAUGUCCAACAUGCGAGUGGCAAGAGAUAGAGGACGGUCUCGCAACCCCAUGUUGGUACGCUACAGACCACGUCCUUCUUGAUGGCCGGCAGAUAAUCGUUGGCGACAGAGGUCAGCCCAAUUAUGAGUUUUACCACCGACCAGGCAUUUCAUUAACCGUUUUUGGAGGAAAUGAUGAGAACAACCUUUAUCCGUUCGUGUUUCUCAACGUCGACGGCAACCUGUUGUUGUUCGCCAAUAACAGAGCUAUUCUCUACGAUUAUAUUGCGGCCAAGGUCAUUAGAGUUUUUCCAACUUUCCCCGGUGGGGACCCGAGGUCCUACCCGAGCACCUGUUCCACCGUCCUCCUCCCACUAAAUUUGACUCAAAAUUACAUCGAGGUUGAGAUUUUAAUCUGCGAUGGAGCUCCGAGAGGAUCAUUCUCCAAGGCACGUGAUGAGGGGGUCUUUUGGGAGGUCCUCAACACCUGUGGUAGGAUGAGCAUCACGAACCCGGACCCAAAGUGGACUAUGGAAACCAUGCCUACGGGUGGCUUGUUGCUGAUCAACGGAGCCUCGAAAGGAACCGCGGGUUGGGAGUUGGGCCUGGACCCAGUUCUUAACUUGGUCCUCUACUUGCGUGAGAAGCCCAUUGGGUCUAGAUUUCAGAUACAAACACCGGACUCCACUCCUCGCAUGUAUCAUUCCACCGCCGUAUUGGUGCCAGAUGGACGAGUUAUUGUCAAAGGCAUCAACCCUCAAGACAAGUAUGAGUUCAGUAAUGUUUUGUACCCAACUGAGUUGAGCGUGGAGGCGUUUCCACCAGAUUAUUUGGAUUCGAGCUUCGAUUCUCUGCGGCCGACGAUAGAAUUCCCGGCACCGCACUUUACAAUCAGCUACGGGGAAAAACGGGCUGUUGUAUUCUCUCUUGGUGGUGGGAAGGCCACGCGUCUUGGAUCAUUUUCGCUCACAAUGGUCUCGCCAUCGUUCAAUACGCACUCGUUCUCCAUGAAUCUGCGACUGCUGAUUCUAUCUAUCGAAAGUGUGAAGGAUUUGGGAGCUUCGAAAUUCCAAGUGAUUGUUAAUUUCCCCGACUCGAAGACUCUAGCAUCCGUAGGCUUCUAUAUGCUCUUCGUGGUCCAUGAAGGAAUUCUGAGUCCGGCAUUGUAG